GGCUGUCGUCGUGUAUUGUUGAUGCUUGCUGCUACUACUGCCUCGGCGGCUCUCUGCUUCCCAAGCCCAAGUGAGCCGCCUCCUUAUCGCGGCUUGCUGUGGCGUUGUCAGCUGCUCGGUCAACCAUAGUUGCACUUGAGGCCACCAAAAGAACUAAGGUCUUUCCUCGGCCUAGUAGUUCUUGCUCUCAAGUCUGAAAAUUCUAAUCCACCGAGCUCUCGUCGCUAAGAAUGGGUGUCAUAAAAAACAGGAAGAGUUUCCAGGAUCCAGUUUCCAUAGUGAACGAAGAUCCCUUAUCCGACCUUAUCGAAAGCGGCGAUGAUGCCAGAUUGGCUCAAGAGCUAUCGGAGCUCGGUCAGGCCACACGUAGGCGGCGGAAAACGCGCCGCUCGCAACCUCUCCUGAGCUCAUGCGACGUUGAAGGUCUCAGCUCCCGGCUGGUUGGUCACAAAAGUCAACGGAAGCAGAGACGUAUACAGAAUGACAAACAGUUGCGAGCGACUUUGGCCUCCGAUGGAGAUCUCGAUGAAAUCUCGAUUUAUGACUUCGUUCAGGAUACGGUUUCGGUAUUUACAUUAAUGCUCGAGGAAAAGGACAACAUUGCCCUCUGGGAAGCGAUGUUGGCCGCCGAACCAGAUGACGUAUACCACGAACGAUAUCAUAGAGACAAACGGAACGGCAACGGAAGAUCAGCAUCGGUGAAUGGAUACUCGCCGGAGGACUGCUACAGCCGACUCGACGGUGACAUGAAGCGUACCUUGAGGCGGCAUAGAUGUCCGACAGAUCUCCUCCGCAGAAUAGAGAAUGACUUGGAGAGCUUUUUCGAUUCCUCGCCAGCAGACGUCUACAAGACCUAUAUGGACAAUUCAUUUUCUCGGCUUUUACUCCAUGCAACGUGUGAAUACAUGAAUCUUCGCUCGAGAAGUUUCGACCAUAUGGGUACGAGAUGGACCUUAGUGAAGAAUCCACAUGCCGAGUUCAAAUGUCCCCUGAUACCGCUCUCGAAAUAUCUCGAAUGCAGACGUCGAUCGAAGCGACGAUGAUGCCAGUCGACGGUUACAUAUUCAUUCGAAUUGCCGUCGUUCACGUUCCCGCGUUCUUCUGUUUGAAUAGGACCAGCAUAAUCCUCGUUUCGAAAAUUUGGAGCUGAACCGAACUGCAGCUUAAAAACAGUUUUUUCAACACAUCGAUGGCUAUUUACGAGAAGGAAUCUCGUUCUGUGAGUGAUUCAGCGCUGUCUCAGGAUGCGAUAUUCGGGCCAUCCCCGAGUCGAAUAUUCUGUUUCGAUGGCGAUGACUUGUGGCGGUGUACCCGAGGAGCAAGGCAUGCGAAUAAAACUAGCAUAAUAAAUCGAUGAAGCAGU